AUGUCAACAUCCAAUAUUAAAGCAAGACACUAUUCCGCACUGGCUUCACGACUCAAGUCCCUACAAGCGAAUUUAUCUGAAACUGAGAAUCAACUGGAUCUGAUGGCUGAUCAACUGAAAUCCAUGGCUAGAUUAGGUGUAGGGUGUGGAUCCCAAUUCAUGGCUGUAUCCAGAUUGCUAGAUAUGGAACUACAAUCAACUCAACUACAAGAACACUCACAACCACAAUCACACAACCAAUCAACGUCCCAAGUCCAUGCUCAAAAUCCAGGUGAAAAUUCCGUGGUGUCUCAAUGA